AUGUGCCCGCAAAGAUACUACCCCGAGUCGCUGAGCCCCCUGCCGGCUAGCUCCUCCAUGGACUGGGCGAUUUUCACAGCAUUCCAGACGGGAGACUUUGAGCCGAUACUUGAUCGUCUCACUCUUGCCUCAAUGAACUUUGCGAGGGAGGUGGAUGGAACUACGCCUUUGAUGGCAGCCUGUGCGCGAGGCAACGCCAUGGUGGUUCAGCUUCUUCUGGACUUGCAGUGUGACGCAUGGCACAAGGACAAGAACGGCCUGUACGCUGCAGACCAUGCUGCGAUGAAUUCACACAGUGAGAUGAAGGAUGUCAUCCUUGAACGCUGUACCCCUAGUCUAGACAAGAACGGCAACCCACUGUUCUCAUGGGAUACAUGCAGCCAUCCUGCAGUCAACAAAUACCUAGACAUCGAACAGGGUUGGCUUGUUUGCACAAACUGUGCUCUAGUGUUGAAAGAGAACGCAUUGAGCCUGACGGAGUUUGACUCAAUCCCUUCGAAGCAUGCAUGGUCUGUUCGGGGAGCGGACGCUGAAUACAACGCGUGGAGGUACCACGAGAUGGAAAUCUCAAACAUAAUGAGCAAUCUGGGGAUAGUGGACAACGAGAACGCGAAACGUCUUGGCAUCGAGAGCAGCAUCUGGGCCAAACGUGAACGAGCCCUAGCGUGGCUCGAUGACAGACGACGAGCAAUCAAGAGUGCUGAGAACCAGAACGAGUUGAGCAGGCUGAAGGGCCUUGAGGAUGAGCACCUGCCAACGGUCAAGACGUACUCGGCGAAGGACCCGGCGCUCAUGCCAGGCAUGUCAUCGCAAGCUCCAUGGAACAGAAGCAAGGGGGCCAAGGCAAGGACCAUCAAGGUUCCGAGAUUCGUCAGCCACCAUUGCCCCAAGAAUGUGGAUUUGAAUGAGGAGCCGGAGGACUUGAUAGAUCCGAGGGAGCUGCUGGAUGCGAUUGUACCCCAGGAGGUUCCGACCAGAUGGAAAACCAACGUGAGGAGGUGGGAAAGCUUAUCUGUCAAGCAUUUGCGAUCGGCCAGGAGGAGCUCCCUCUUGAGUGAGCGUGAGCUGGAAGACGAGCUGGGAGAAGAACGUGAUAGACACGAGGUAGAGUUAGAGAUGGAAAUUUAUUAG